ACGUUUCGGUGCCAUAGCAAACACGCCACAACGUAAACAAGUUUGUGGGCGUGGGACAUCUCCGCCAACAGCAGCGAGAGGAGGGAACAGCCAAAGCUGCGUUAUUCCUCGCGAAAGGCCACCACGGCGUAUAAGUAACGAAAGCUGGUGCGAGUGUGUUUACGUGCUCUCAUAAACGUGCGCAUAACAACAAAUAUAAUAAUACAUACACGACGUAGGACUUCGUCGAACAAUUCUUUGCGAGGUAUUCUACAAACUCCACGCUUGCAGUCUACCACCUGCGCAUUUCAUGUCCCCGACAGUUCAUAUAACAAGUGAACAAUAUACACGGGAACAACAUAGCUGAGAACAUCGCCAGAUUCUGCUGUAAACAGAACAUAAAAGACUAGGAAGCGUGAUGGAUAUGAUUUUUAACUAUCUGCCAGAUGUCUUCUCCUACCAGUCGCUGAGACAUCACAACUACGAGAAUUCGUGGCUCAGCGAAACGACAAAUCAAGGUAGCACAGCCCGAACCGGCCACAACAGGACAAAGAUGACUGCCCGCGAUUUCUGCAAGGACCCGAAGGCUUCAUGUCCUAUCUGUCAGGAACGUCAAAGGCGCCCUCUAGCGACAUACAUCAGAAGCAAGUCUCGCCAGGACAGAAAGGAAGAUCAAAGUAUUUUGGAAGAAGACUGCGAGAAUGAGGAAGCUACGUCCUCUGCCAGUGACCAGAAGAGCGAGGCGUCAGUCAAACCGCAGCAGGAGCAAAUCGCUAAAUGAGACUGUAGGACCAUGCAGUGCCGGCGACGGAAAUAACGAAUAUUUAACAAUACACUUUUUUUUUACAUAUACAAUUAUGUUUGCAUUUUGCAUUCUUUGCCUAAGAACUGUUAUUUUAAAUACAUGGCGGGAUCACAUUAAUUUCUUGUACCUGGUGAAGUGGAAA